UUAAAAUCUGUCUGUCGCUCUCUAACCGAGGAUUGCUGUUAUCAGUGGCAUUUGAAUAUACGAUCGCUUCCCAGCUGUUAUUCCAGGGACCUCUCUGACAGCCUCAUUGCUGGCCGAGUCCUACAUCCUACGCUCCUACGCUGUUGGCAAGUCGCAAAGCGUACAUAACAGGUCAGAUCCAGAUUUUAAGUCAUUCAGUCGUUGACAGCCACUUCAUUUAUUCAGAUCAUUCUCCAUUCACAUUCAUUCUCCCAGUUGCCUGAGGCCAAGAACAGGUGGUUUAUCCCGAAGGCAACUUCAAUAGACUCAACUGUCAGCCAUCCUUGGACAACCCAAAAAUCUCUGGCUAUCCUCAGUGGAACCGGGCCCUCUUCUUUUGGGUUCAUCCUCAAACCUUGUCUCUGCCAGCCGGUUCCUACUGGGUAAUGUCGCUGACGAAUGACUGGAUCAGAAUUACUGGACAUCCAGAACAGCGUCGAUAUUCUGGCAUGACUUUCAUUUUCUGACGGGGAAGUGCUUUGAGAGAUUGGCUUUAUUGUAAACAGUUUAGAUUUCAUUUAUAACUAUUAUUUUCUUUCUUUCUUUCUUUCUUUCUUUUUUUUUUUUUUUUUUCUCUCUCUCAAAGACUUUCUUUUUCUGGAGCCAGAGUCCAAGAUGCGCGAGUUAGAGCCUUUGGUCUUUGAAUAUCAACACGAGAAGCAUCGGCCUCGGGAAGCCGAGGCACUAUUCACCCUUCGAAAAGUGGCAUCGUUAGUGAAGCCGAUCAUGCGACGGCGAGACUGGAAAGUAGGAACCCUCUGCGAAUUCUACCCUCGCGAGCGGAAUCUCCUUGGUUUGAACAUAAAUGCAGGAGAGAAGAUAUGUCUGCGACUCCGCUAUCCCAAUGAUGAACGCCAGUUCAUUCCUAUAGAGCAGGUGGCCGACACCAUGCUUCAUGAGCUUUGCCAUAUUGUCCAUGGCCCGCAUAACCAACAGUUCCAUGCGCUCUGGAACCAACUCCGCGAUGAACACGAAGAACUUGCUUUGAAAGGAUACACUGGAGAAGGCUUCCUUUCUCAGGGUAGACGUCUAGGCGGUAGCAAGAUACCCUUGGAAGAAGUGCGCCGGCAAGCUCGGGCAGCCGCGGAGCAACGACGAAGACUUUCAGCCGGGUCUGGUCAAAGACUUGGCGGGGCCCCGGUGCUUCGAGGAACUGACAUGCGAAAGGUGAUCGCGGAUGCCGCACAGAGACGCAUCGAUGUGACCCAGGGUUGUGCAUCCGGCACGGAAAGGGGCACGCAACUGGCCGAGGAGGCAUCGAGGAACGGGUUCCGGACGAAAGCCGAAGAAGAUGAUGCCAACGAAAGGGCUAUCAUGCAGGCUUAUAUUGAAAUGAUGGAAGAAGAAGAGCGAGAGAAGUACGGAUCUUCAUACAUCCCCCCUAGCCAGACAAAUCCGGCAGGGUCCCGGGGCCUUCGUCCACCUUCUGUUCCGGAGCAUACGAAGCCACCACCACAAUCCGCACCUGGAGGCUACAUCAAAACAGACAAUGUCCCCCGUGCAGAAUCAUGGACAUGCCCAAUCUGCACACUGGACAACCCACCUACCUUCCUCUGCUGCGGCGCUUGCGCCGUUGAACGACCAACGCAGACAAUAACCCAAACCCCAUUCGAACUAGAACUAGAACGAGAAUGGGAACGCGAGCAACAACACCAACGGGAACAGAAACGGGCUCGAGCUCGAGAUCGCGAACGUGAAUGUGAACGCAAACGACCCACAGAAGAAAAACACGAAAAGGACAGCCGCAACCUUCGAAAUCCCAACACCAACCCCAAUCGGGCAGACCACAAACGUCCGCGUCCAACACCAGAUACCAUGGACAAGGUAGGUUUCAAGAGCCGAACGCGAGCCGUGCAAUCCCUCGAUGCGCUGGAACGGGCCGCUCAGAAACGGCCUCUUGGGUGGGUUUGCCACUUAUGCGGAACGUUCAUGGAGAUGGAGUGGUGGACUUGUUCCAGUUGUGGGGUUAUGAAGCGGGCUUCUUGACUCUUUUCUUGUUCCUAGAUGGAUUUCAUGGAUUUGACCGGUCAUGAUCUAUCUCUUUUGUCUUAGGUGGUGCAUUUGGUUUAUGUAUUAUGAGUAAUGAGGUGUCGUCUGUUUUUUCUCGGUUUAAUUCUGCGUGUAUAUUAUACCCAGUUAUUGAUACCACCUGGUUACGCAAUGAUAAUAUUAAGC